GGGGCAGAUGCCGGCACCACUGGGACCAGCCAACCCCCUUCCGCGGGCACUUCACCGUCGGAGGGGAUUUCUCGCUUCCCUUUGGCUUGAACCCGUCUUCGGAGGGGAGGCGCAGCCGGAGUUUCCCAGCCCCCGGGCUCCCCGCGCCGCCGGGUCCCCGCCCCCGCGCCCUCCCCUUAUAGCCGGGCUGCCCCGGGGCCCCGCAGCCAGCGCCGCCCGCCGCCCGCCGCCCCGCCAGCCCGCCCGGAGCCGCCGCACAGCUAGAAGGAAAAUGAUGAAAAUGUUACCUUUUUUCCAAAGCGGUCCUAUUGGAAUACGCAAUGGAUCAGAGGGUUGCAUUGGUGCAAACAGGCAGCUUGAAAACCCUUUGACAUCAGUAGCUGAGCAAGUCCCUGCCUGUCCUGAACCUUCUGGAGAGGACAUCUGGUCCAGGGACCAGGAGAAGAUGAGUGAAAGGCCAGAGGCGGCCUGCAGACCCUCACGCGCAUCUUCCAUCACAAGCAAUGGGAGCUGCACAUCUGCUGGGGACAGUCCUGAAAAGGGGAAGAAAGGAAUAAAGGGAAUCCUUACAAGUGCUCUUAAGAAGAUGAAAAAGAGCAAGCCACCCAGUGUCAAACAAGUCAUUGAUCUGCUUGAAGAGCAAAAGCUUUUUGAUGCCGCUCAACAUCUAAUUGUCCUGGAGAAGAGCCUGUCUAGCAAAAGUGAGGAGGGACUGAACGCCAGCCAGCAAGACAUCGAGUCCCUCUACGAAGUUCUGAAGCACAAAGUCUUCAGCAUCUUGAAAGACUCCCUAUUGCUAGCAAAAACAAACCCGGAACUGCUGCAGCAGGCAAUAGAGGCACUGAAGGAGCAGGAGAAAGAAGAUCAGAACUACAUGUCGGAGAAUCCACCUGACCAAAGCAUGCAAUUUAGACCUAGAAAAUGGAAAGAGCUUUGGAUGGCUACAGUAAAGGAGUCAGUAGAGACUCGAAUGAAAGACACAAGCCAUACUCCUAGAACUGAGAACCUCUCUACAGUUGGUCAGAACCUCCUGCACAUGGGGAAGACAAUGAGAGAAGAUUUGACAGUAGUUGUAAAGUACAUGAAACAGCUUUAUCCUCCUGAGUUUAAUGUGUUCAGCACAUAUGCAGAACUCUACCACAAUUAUUUUGCCUCCCAGGCAACAAAAAAUGCUGAGUCUCAUCUGGAAGACAAGGAUAUUUACCUCCUCCUCUCAUGGGUGCACAGCAUUUAUCCAAAAGAUAUGAGAAAAGAACAUGUUUUAGCAGAAGAGUUGGAAAAACUUAAGCUUGGAAGCCUUUUGCCAUCAAGUCUGAGCAAAGAGCUUGAAAGGAAAUACCUUGACAGCGAAGAGGCUACUAUCAAAAAUUCACUCAGCAAAUGUUUAGAUAAAGAAAUCCAAAGAUGGAAAGAAGACAAAGAACCAGAGAAACUAAAUGGACAUUUUCAGAGUGAACUACUAGCAAUAUUUGUUAUCCAGAGUAUCUACAGCGGCCAGAAGCGAGCCAAGGACAUCAGCACGGCAGUGGGUGAGGAGCUGUCGCAUCGCCUGUCAAAGGAGCUGCCUGCCUUCCUGAAAAGCUACAAGGAUGCUUUUGAAGACUUUAAGGAGAAAAGCAAGAAGCACAGAUACUACAAGCCUAUACUGAUUGCAAAUAUUAACAACUGCUGGAAUUUUAGAGACUACACAGAGAAAAACAUAGCAGAAAAGGAUGACAAUAAAGCCAGUAUCCUCAGUACACUCAGCGACAUUGAAAACAGCGGCUUUGAUGUGCUGCUUCAACAGCUGUUUGUCCAGCUGAAGCCAAUUUAUAAGAAGUUUACAGAAAAUAAGUGGGACUCCAGCAAUGAAAUUAUGAACGAGAUCAUUAACACCACCAGCAAACAUAUUUCAGACUUCCGGACCCUAAAGGACCCUUUCUACCAUGCUAUUGUCGAGAAGAUCCAUGCCCGUUUGGUUAAAGAGUACAUCGUGAGGCUGCUGAAGAGGAAAGUCAGCCUGAAAACUCCAGCACAACAGCAAAAUCUGGCCCAACACAUCUCCAAGAACGCUGCCGACCUGGAAGCCUUCUGCACCAGCAAUGGUUCUCAAGCCACGUGGCUGAAUUCAGCGCUCCCCAAACUGGCUGAAAUAAUCCGACUUCAGGAUUUAGGUGCUAUUAAAAUUGAAGUUGCAACACUUGCCACAACAUACCCAGAUAUCCGCAAAAGGCACCUGGAAGCGUUCCUGCACAUCAAAGCCAAUUUGUCACGUGGUGAACUCAAAAGCAUCCUGGGCUACUUGGCAGACAGCACAGCAUCCACGCCACCCGUGGUCCCGCUCUUCUCCAACAUAAACGUGUCCUAGGCCAAGGCACCCCUUGGCACACCCUUGUGCCGGACUGUGGGCUAUGCGGCGAUGGAGACAGUCCCCCAGAGUGAUGCACAGCACACACCACUGCCUUUUCCUACGGAAAGUAUUUUGACCUAAACUGGUGCUCAGCAUCUCUGUGGGAAUCACUGUCCUCCACGCACAGCUGGGUAAAGGGGGCACCCAUAGGAGGAGCAGUGCUUGCAAGGACUGGCGCUGCUCCUCGCAGCACUCACAGACUCCCUCCAAGAUCUCCUUGGUACCACCACAUUCUCUGCCUGGACACUGCCUUGGUGCUCUGACCUCUGUCUACCUCACAGGGUGCUGCGAAGGCCACGUCACUGACUCCCCAGCUAGCCCAGACUGGGCAGGCACCUUCUAUGUAGCUUUUUGUCUUCUAAGGAUAUGGAGGGAAGAAAAAACUGAAGCCAAAAUUUAAAGAUGUUGGAAAAGGCCCGUGUGAGCAUGCUUGAACCCCACCUGCCUUCCUCUGAGCUGGGCAGGGGUGGCUGCGUUAGGCUGAUGGGAGAGGCACCAAGUUUCUGGUCAGGAGGAGCUGUCCCUCAGCCAUACUGGGACUCCUGCUGUCCCACUGAGCUGCAGCACCCGCAGAUCUGGAGCUUGGAGUGGCCCCGGCUGCACGCUCUGCCCCAUACAGCAGCCCAGGGGCAUCAGGGCUUCUGAACCAGCCCUGGAAGAGAACCAGCUGGCCCCACAGCAGCAGUCUGGCUAGGGCAGCGUGUGCUUCCUUCACCUCCAUGAGGUGGGAGCACCCAACAUCCCUGGCAGCCGCUAGCCCCUCUGCAGUGACCCCAUCCAGUGCACCCUCACUGGAGUGGCACCCUGCUAACAGAGGGUUAGGAGCAAACCGCCUACUGCAGUGGGUCGUGUGGGCUAAGCACCAGCAUCUAGUAAAGCACUUUGGAAACUACUUAAGCCCUCCUCAUCAAGGAGGGGACUUUUCCAGACCCCAUUUAACAUCAUAGGCUUUGAGUGGGUGGUGGAACUCGUCUCAAAUGCCAUUAUAAUGUAUCAAGCAUCCUGUAUGCAUCACCGUUUCCUUGCUCGCUCUUUCUCCUCUUGCUGUGAGGUAGAUAUGAUGUGAAAACACAAAUGGGUCUGUUGUGAAACUGUUUUGUUUUUACAGCCCAGUUUUUUGGGAAGCAAAUCACUUGCCAAAACAACAAUGUGUUUAGCUGAAGAGCUUUCCCUUCUGUUUUCCUUUGUUUCAAAUUUUUUAUCAGUCUGUAGAAAGUCAGUCCAGAAGGAAGACGCAUAAUGACUGUGCAAACCAUAUAAUGUAUUUAUACGCAUAUACAGUAUAUCAUUGGUGUAUUUUUGCAUCCAAUUUUAUUUUCUCAGAGAUAUUAAUUUGCAAUGUUUAUAUUUAAACAGUAUUCAAAUAUGCUAGAGAACUGACGCAUUUAUUCUGGCUCUAGCUGUUGUUUACUGCGUUGCCACAUGUAGUCCUACGUACUCCUUCAAAGAGCCAAUUCUUCCACUACUCCCAGCCUGCUCCAGUCAAUGUGACCCACCAGUUCUGGGUACGGAGGGUCUUGCUGGACUACAGACAAGCUGGAGAAGCAAAGGCACACUCUGUUUGUGCUGUGUAUAGGUCCCAUAGCUUGGCUUUCCUUAGUCUCUUAGGCAAGGACUAUCAUGUGCACUGUGUUUAUGGUAUCUGGUAUAACAAGAUCCAAAACAUCAGCCUAUAAGCACUACCACAGUCUCAAUGCUGAAUAAUAAAAAGAUAUAUAUUUGCCAUAUGUCUCAUCCUUACUGCUUUGGAGCCCCCAUUCCUCCAUCUCAGUUGUCUCCUCCUGUUCAUACGAGUCUUUAGCAGAUACAGAGCACCGGAAUUCGGCCCCAGCCAGCCCUGCUGGCCCCCAUUUACCCUCCUAGCAGCUGCUAUCAAUCCUGUGGCUUUGCUGCUGUCUGUGGUGAGACAGAUGCAGCAGAGUCCUCUGCCAACAGGUUAUGUGACAAAAUUGUACACUGGGUGAAAAACAGUGCUUUGGUUUCAGUCUGCUGCCUAGCCAUGGGUAGUGCAAAUCUCCUUCCCCUUCCAUAAGCACACUCACGCUCCCACAAAACCUCAUAUAUACACAUAAUUUAAAAUUACUUCUGAAAGUGCUGAGCACUCAUGACAACUGUCACCUAUUGUGCAACACUUUCCCAAUUAGUGAAAGGUCAUAUUAUUGCUAUAAAUCAUUGCAUUUUAACCUAGAUAUCUGUUAAGGGCCUACAGAAAUGCAUUAUACAAGUGAUUGUGCUGGUCUUUAAAAAAAAAAAAAGACUCCAGCUACAUAAGUGCUUGAAGGAAAAUAGUUAAUCUAUUUAUAUAUCAUAAUUAGGAUGGGUAGGAGAAAAUGAUUUUCAUACACAUUUCAUAAGCCAUAGGGAACUGUGUUGUGCAAUUCUCUUCAUCCUGCUAUAAAAGCCCAGCUUUCAGCUCUAAUGAGCCCACUAAACUAAUAUAUUUAUCUUCCUAUAUGACUCAACAUUUACAAUGGCAUUUUUUUAUAUGUGGCAUAUUAAACAUAACCAGGUACUUUCA